AUUUGAGUCUUUAACCACAUUUUUGGCUUUGAAAACAAAAUAAAUACAAAACAAAAUGAAAUUUCAAGAGGGAACAGAACAGCAAAUCAGUAGAGGGAUUAGGGCAACUCCGUCCCCUGCAGCGGAGAUCUCGGGGGAGAUGGAGAAAAUACACGUGUCAGUCCGACCUCGUCCGCUUUCGACUGAGGAGGAAGCGAAGGCAAGUCCAUGGAAGAUCUCUUCAGAUUCAAUUUUCAUGCCCAGACACUCUUCUCAUCUCUCAUUCAACUUUGAUAGGAUUUUCAGAGAGGAUUGUAAAACUCUACAAGUCUAUGAAGCUCGGACCAAGCAUAUCGUCUCUGCUGCCCUUCGUGGAUUCAACGGAACUGUGUUUGCUUAUGGGCAAACUAAUAGUGGCAAGACACAUACAAUGCGAGGCUCACCAACUGAACCUGGUCUCAUCCCUCUUGCUCUUCAUGAUUUGUUUGACUCUAUUUAUCAGGAUGCAAGCAGGGAGUUUCUUGUGCGUAUGUCCUACCUUGAGAUUUAUAAUGAAGAUAUAAACGAUCUCUUGGCUCCUGAUCACCGCAAAAAACUCCAUAUUCAUGAGAAUCUACAGAAAGGAAUAUUUGUGGCUGGUCUACGAGAAGAAAUUGUUGCUUCCCCUCAACAAGUCCUUGAAUUCAUGGAACUUGGAGAAUCUCAUCGGCAUAUUGGGGAGACAAAUAUGAAUCUUCACAGUAGCAGAUCUCACACUAUUUUCCGCAUGAUUAUAGAAAGUAGUCAGAAGACUCUAGAUGAAGGUGUUGGAAAUGCCUAUGAUGCAGUCCGUGUUUCUGUUCUGAAUUUAGUGGAUCUAGCUGGUUCGGAACGAGCUUCAAAAACGGGUGCUGAGGGUGUUAGGCUCAAGGAAGGCUCACAUAUAAAUAAGAGUUUGAUGACACUCGGGACUGUAAUUAAAAAACUGAGUGAAGGAGUUGAAAAACAAGGUGGUCAUGUUCCGUACCGAGACAGCAAGCUUACAAGGAUCCUGCAACCAGCUUUAGGUGGAAAUGCAAAUACAGCUAUCAUAUGCAAUAUAACACUUGCACCUAUCCAUGCAGAUGAAACCAAGAGCAGUCUUCAGUUUGCUAGCCGAGCACUACGUAUCACUAAUUGUGUCCAUGUGAACGAGAUAUCAACUGAUGCUGCUUUGUUAAAGCGCCAGAAGAAGGAAAUAGAGGAGCACAGAUCCAAUACAAAGACUUCUCGCUCUGACCAUUCGGACGAAGAGAUUCUUAACUUGCGCAACACCUUGUUGAAGUCUGAAUUAGAAAGAGAGCGGAUAGCAAUGGAACUAGAUGAGGAGAAAAAGGCACAAGCUCAGAGGGAAAAGGUUUUGCAAGAGCAAGCAAAGAAAAUUGAGAACUUGAGUUCAAUGGUUGUUUUUUCGAAUAGGGAUGAGAAGCGUGAGCAGGAUCACUUUAAGAAGGGAAAGAGGAGGGAUACAUGGGUUUCUGGUCACCUUUCACGGGACUCCACAUCAGAGGUUCAGUCUCAUGUCUUGUCAAGGGGACCCUCUCUUAAAUCUGAAAGAUCCGAGCGUGAGCCAGGCCCACUACUUCCUUUUGCGCAAGUGGUAGAAAACGAGCGUUUAUGUAGCAUCAGCGAGCAAGAUGAAACCCUUGAAGAUUCUGCACUUCCAGAUCCAUAUGCUUUAGUGCAUGUGACUAGGAGAAAGAAACCAUCAUCAAUGAGGCAGAAAAUUCCCGUAGUGGUUGAAAGCGAGUCAGACAGAGCUCAAAGGGAAUAUGAGGAUCUUUUCUUGCAAUCUGAAACUGAGGGAAUCACCAACGAAAUACGAACUGAGUACCUUAAGGAAAAGUUGGGCGAAAAUGAUUUAUCUGGUGAAGCAACAACAUGCAAGCAUUUAGAUUGCCGAGUGGUUGGUAAUGUGCAUCGGGGUGAAAGCAGUGUACAAAUUAGGGAUCCAGAAGAUAUUCUUCUCAUUAAGCAACUCCAAGAGAAGAUUAACAUGCUGGAAACUGAGAGAGAGUUAGACAGGUUGCAUAGCCAAAGGGCCCUCCUCGAGAGAUAUAUCAACAAACAGCAUAUGGGGACCUCGCUUGUAGAGAUGGAGAAGGAGAAAGCAGUAUGGAGCUCGACACUAUCUCCUAAAAGAAUGUCAGAGGGAAAGCAGAGAAGGAGACUUUGGACGCCCAUUAGUUUUAAGAACCAGGGAAGGAAAUUUUGGACGCCCCAAGAAGAAGAGAUGCUGAGGAUGGGAGUGGAGAACAUCCCAUGGAGGAAGAACAUCCCAUGGAGGAAGAUUCUUGCAAUGGGAAAGAAUGUUUUCCACAAGUCACGCACUCCCACUGAUCUCAAGGACAAAUGGAAGAGCAUCUGCAACAAGGCAACACUAGAGUCUUCUGCCUCGUAGUCUUCUUUUCUGUUUUGUUUUUGCUUGUAAAUAUAUCACCCAAUCGUAAAUAGGGCAAAGCUAAUCAGGCCUAUUAAGUUAAUUAGAAAGCCAACGAGCUAAUUUCUCUUAACCCUGUAAGCCCAUUUGUUAGUUUCUUAACAAAAUUUUUGGCAUUGGUAUGAUGUUGAUCAUCACGUCGUCAUUCAGUAAAAAACUAUAUACUAGUAGACUUCGAUUAUAAUUAACGGUGGGUUUAUUAUAUAAUUUAAUCAUUUAACG